AUGGAUCAAUUUAUCAAUAAAUUUGAAGAAUCAGUUCAAUCUACAUUCGGUGUCGAUGUUAAGGCCUACGAUGAAAUCGUCGGUUACAAGAAUGCCACUUUCUACCUCUCAUGGGCAUUGAGUACAAUCAUUGCUUUUAUGGUGGUGCGUUGGUUGUUUGGAUCGUCUUCGGCUCGUUUGCCAAAGCGUGAAGCUCGUCCCGUUGGAGUUUCACCAGCAUCCAAAGGAACUGGACCAACUAUCGAGUGUGUCAAUCCAGCCACUGGAAAGCUCAUGGGAACCGUCAAGGCUCUCAAGGCUGACGAAGUCAAACAGACUUUGGAGGCUGCACGUAUCGCCCAAGCCGAAUGGGCAGAGACCUCUUUCGCCGAGCGUAAACAAGUACUCCAGGAUUUCAUCGACAUGUUCAUCAAAUAUGAAAAGGAAAUCGUUGAAUCCUCAAUGAGAGAUACUGGUAAAACAAGAUUUGAAGCAACAUUUGGAGAGAUUUUGACAAGUUGUGAGAAAUUGAGAUAUUUGAUCAACUAUGGUGAAGAUGCUCUCAAGACACAAAAGAGACGUGUUCCAAUGUUGAUGGGUACUAAAUCUGCUCGUUUAGAGUAUCAUCCACUCGGUGUCAUUGGUAUCAUCAUUCCAUGGAAUUAUCCAGUUCAUUCGAUUAUCUCUGCUGCUGCCGCUGCCAUCUUCUCAGGAAAUGCAGCAUUGGUUAAGGUUUCCGAGUGGUCCACUUACUCAAAGGUUCUCUUUGAGCAAUUGAUCCGAGAAGUUCUUGCCAAGCGUGGACACAAUCCAGAUUUGAUUCAGUUGCUUCCAGGUAUGGGUGAGACUGGUGAGGCUUUGGUUCGUAGUGGAGUCGACAAGAUUUUGUUCAUUGGUUCGCCAGCCACUGGAAAGCGUGUCAUGAAGGCUGCCAGUGACAAUUUGACCCCGGUCAUCUUGGAACUCGGUGGAAAGGAUCCAAUGAUUGUUUUCGACGACGUCGAUCUCGACUGGGCAAUGGGAAUCGUUCAACGUGGAUGUUUCAUCAAUUUGGGACAGAACUGUAUCUCGUCGGAGCGUGUCUUUGUUCACGAACGUGUCUACGACAAGUUUGCCAAGUCUUUGGCCGACCUGAUCAACUCACUCAAGCAAGGUCCACCCGAAUCAGGACAAGUCGAUUUCGGAUCGAUGACCAUGCCAGCACAAGUCGACAAAGUAGAGCACCUCGUCAACACCGCCAUCAAGGAAGGUGCGAAAUGUUUGGCCGGUGGAAAGCGUCAUCCAGAACACAAGGUAGGUCACUUCUUCAUGCCAACAGUCCUCGCUAAUGUAACUGAGAAGAUGACUAUCUUUAACGAAGAGGCAUUCGGUCCAGUUGCCACACUUGUCAAAUUCAGCAAUGAAGACGAUUUGGUUCGUAUGGUAAAUGGUACUGCCUUUGGUUUGGGUUGCAGCAUCUUGACUUCCGACUUGGCACGUGCCGAGCGUAUUGGAAAGCGUGUACAAACCGGAAUGUUGACAAUCAACGACUAUGGAGCAUCGUAUUUGGUUCAAGAUUUGCCAUUCGGUGGAUGUAAGGAAUCCGGAUUCGGAAGAUUCAACGGUCCAGAGGGUCUCCGUGGAUUCUCACGUGAAGUCUCAGUUUUGACCGAUCGUUUCGGUAUUAAGACUCCAGUUCCACGUUUGAUUCGUUACCCAAUUGAUCCAGCUGCAGUUGGUAUCAUUCGUCAAGCCAUCUUUAUGAUCUAUCAAGCAGGAGUAUUCAACAAGAUUAGAGCUGCCAUCAGUUUCACAUCUCAAGCAAUUAGAAAUCCAAAGUUAUUAAUGUAA